CGGCGCGGCGCGGCGCGGCGCGGAGCGGAGCGGCCCCAGCGAGCGAGCUAGGGAGCGAGCGCAGCGCUGGGACUCGGACUGGGGCUGGGGAUCGAGCCCCGGCGAGGCGAGGCGAGGCGAGGCGAGGGCCACCUUCUGGUCCUCCGCUUUCGCGCCCCGCCAGCGCCAGGGCCAGGGCCUGCGCCAGGAGGCUGCCUAUGAAGACUACACAAGGGUUCCUGUGCUGACUUAUUCCAGUGACAGAUUCCCAGCAGGAGAUGGAAGGGAGGGAGAGAGUGAGGUGCAAAAAAGCUUUAAACAAGUAAAAUCUAGGCAGCAGACUCCUUGAAGUGUUGACAACCCAACUUAAUCAUGAACAUGAUUCAAAAAUGUUAAUAAAUAAACCAAGGGGUUAUCUAGACCAUGGGGAAUUCAUAUGCUGGGCAACUGAAAUCUGCUCGGUUUGAGGAAGCACUCCACAACUCCAUAGAAGCCUCACUCAGAUGUAGUAGUGUGGUACCACGACCCAUUUUUUCCCAGCUGUACUUGGACCCUGACCAGCAUCCUUUCUCAUCCACAGAUGUAAAGCCCAAAGUAGAAGAUCUGGAUAAAGAUUUCGUACACCGCUACACUCAAAAUGGAAGUCUAGAUUUUUCUAACAAUUUAACAGCUAACGAAAUGGAAGAUGACGAAGAUGAUGAAGAAAUGUCUGAUUCAAAUAGUCCACCAAUUCCCUAUUCACAAAAACCUGCCCCAGAAGGGUCUUGCACUACAGAUGGUUUUUGUCAAGCAGGAAAGGACUUGCGUUUGGUAUCUCUGUGUAUGGAACAAAUCGAUAUCCCUGCAGGAUUCCUUCUGGUGGGGGCUAAGUCUCCCAAUCUUCCUGAACACAUCCUAGUGUGUGCUGUAGAUAAGCGGUUUCUACCAGAUGAUAAUGGGAAAAAUGCACUUUUAGGAUUUUCUGGAAAUUGCAUCGGCUGUGGAGAAAGAGGAUUUCGAUAUUUCACGGAAUUUUCCAACCACAUUAAUUUGAAGCUUACCACCCAACCAAAAAAGCAGAAGCACUUAAAGUACUACCUAAUCAGAAGUUCCCAGGGUGUACUGUCAAAAGGACCCCUUAUCUGCUGGAAAGAAUGUAGAAGUCGACAAUCCUCUGCUACUUGCCACUCUGUUAAAACAAACACUUCAGUGUCAUCAACUGUGACCCCAGAAAAUGGCACAACUAAUGGAUACAAGUCAGGAUUCAUUCAGACGGAUUCACCGAUUCUUGCUCCAACUAAUUCUGCAAUCAAUUUAAGUGGAGCUCAGGACCUGACCUGGAAUAGGAAUGUUGUGAAGCCGCUGGCUUUAUCUUUGCAGAGUGUAGGGAAGACUUUUGCUACAGAUACUGCUAACGGAAACAACAGCCAAGGAGGGAAGAGCAGUGCGUCUAGCUCCACUCCAGUGCGCCCAGGAAAUUUCUCUUUAUCACCGAGACCUAGCUGUGCUUCAGAUCAAGCUACCGUGUUUACUUCUGGACCACCAAAGAAACGACACCGGGGUUGGUAUCCCGGGUCACCUGUCCCCCAGCCUGGCUUAGUUGCUUCUGUUCCUAUAGUUCGACCCCUUACAAGAACUGAGUCUCUUUUAUCUGCCUCAGUUCCACAGACACCAUUAACUGGAAUUUUACAACCUAGGCCCAUUCCUGCAGGGGAAACUGUAAUUGUUCCUGAAAACCUGCUGAGUAACUCAGGAGUUAGGCCAGUAAUUUUGAUAGGCUAUGGCACUUUACCCUAUUUCUAUGGAAAUGUUGGUGACAUUGUUGUGAGUCCUCUACUGGUGAAUUGCUACAAGAUUCCACCGUUGGAAAACAAAGACUUAGAACAAUUAGGGUUGACCGGUAGCCAAGUCCUGAGUGUGGAAAACAUGAUUCUUCUGACCAUACAGUAUCUUGUGAGAUUAGGUCCUGAUCAAAUACCUCUCAGAGAAGAAUUUGAGCAAAUCAUGCUGAAAGCUAUGCAAGAAUUUACCCUGAGAGAGAGAGCCCUGCAGAUGGGCACUCAGUGUGCACCUGUGUCACCAGAACAGCUCCCAUGGCUUGCUAGAUUAGUCGCCAGUGUAUCUCAAGACUUGGUCCAUGUGAUUGUGACUCAAAACUCUUUGGCUGAAGGCAUUUCUGAGACACUGAGAACGCUCAGUGAAAUGAGACACUAUCAGAGGCUACCAGACUAUGUUGUGGCCAUUUGUGCAUCAAAAAUCAGAGGAAAUGAAUUUUGUGUGGUAGUAUUAGGUCAGCAUCAGGCCAGAGCACUGGCAGAAAGCAUGCUCACCACAAGUGAGUUUCUGAAAGAAAUUAGUUAUGAGCUCAUCACAGGAAAGGUCAGUUUCCUGGCAUCGCAUUUCAAAACCACAUCAUUAGGUGAUGAUCUGGACAAGCUGCUAGAAAAAAUGCAACAAAGAAGAGGAGACAGUGUGGUUACCCCUUUCGAUGGUGAACUUAAUGAAUGUGUGUCUCCUCAGGAAGCUGCUGCCAUGAUUCCCACACAAAGCCUGGAUUUAGAUAAUGAAAGCUUCCAAAUUUAUCAACCACAGUUAACAGUGGCCAGAAAACUCUUGUCCCAGGUGUGUGCUAUAGCAGACAGUGGUAGCCAGAGCCUGGAUCUUGGCCACUUCAGCAAAGUGGAUUUCAUCAUCAUUGUUCCAAGAUCAGAGGUUCUGGUCCAGCAAACCCUUCAACGAAUUCGGCAAUCAGGUGUCCUUGUAGACUUGGGUCUGGAGGAAAAUGGGACAGCUUAUCAGAGAGCAGAGAAAUACGUGGUUUGCCUAGACAAUGAGAUUCAAACCAAGUUUGAAGUUUUUAUGAGAAGGGUGAAACAGAACCCGUACACACUCUUUGUGCUGGUUCAUGACAACUCUCAUGUGGAACUAACGAGUGUGAUUUCAGGAUCUUUGUCACAUGGUGAACCUAGUCAUGGACUGGCUGAUAGAGUCAUUAAUUGCAGAGAAGUUCUGGAAGCUUUCAACCUCCUUGUGCUACAGGUCAGCUCCUUCCCAUACACUCUACAGACCCAACAGUCCCGAGUCAGCUCCAACAAUGAGGUUCACUGGGUACAUUUGGAUAGCAUGGAGGAUAUGAACUGUGAAGGGAAGCUCUACUUUGGUCUGAAUGAGUACAGUAAGUCCCUGCAGUGGGGAAUCACAAGUCCACUUCUAAGAUGUGAUGAGACUUUUGAAAAAAUGGUGAACACACUCCUGGAAAGGUACCCCAGGCUGCACAGCAUGGUCGUCCGCUGCCACCUUCUCAUCCAGCAGUACAGCGAGGCUCUGAUGGCUCUUACCACCAUGGCGGCACUCCGAGACCACAGCACACCAGAAACACUCAGCAUCAUGGACGACCUCAUCAGCUCUCCAGGAAAAACCAAAAAUGGGAGGGGACACAUGCUCAUUAUCAGAGUGCCCUCCGUGCAGCUAGCAAUGUUGGCCAAGGAGAGGCUGCAGGAGGUGCGUGACAAGCUGGGUCUGCAGUACCGCUUUGAGAUCAUCCUGGGGAACCCUGCCUCUGAACUCAGUGUUUCGACACAUUUUGUGGCACGAUUAAAGACUUGGAGAGGAAAUGAACCAGAAGAGUGGGUCCCCCGGACAUACCAAGAUUUAGAAGGCCUGCCUUGUAUUGUGAUAUUAACUGGCAAAGAUCCUCUUGGAGAAAGCUUUCCCAGAUCUUUGAAGUACUGUGACCUCCGGUUAAUCGACUCGAGCUAUUUAACCCGUACAGCCUUGGAGCAGGAGGUGGGUCUGGCAUGCUGCUAUGUCUCAAAAGAGGUCAUUCGAGGGCCCACAGUUGCCCUGGACCUUAGCGGAAAGGAGCAGGAGAAAGCUACAGUCAGUGAGAAUGACUCUGAUGAGCUGCUGAUCGACUUGGAGAGACCCCAGAGCAACAGUAGUGCUGUUACUGGGACCUCAGGCUCCAUCAUGGAGAAUGGAGUGAGCUCUUCCAGCAUGGCUGACAAGUCCCAGAAGCAGUCCUUGACCCCCAGCUUCCAAAGCCCAGCAAACAGUGUGGGACUAGAUGAAGGGAUCUCCUCAGGUGUGGCAGGAGCUGGAGAGGCUCUGAAGCAGGAGUGCGAUUCCAUGGGUCCCCAAAUGGCCAGUAGCACCACCUCCAAGCUCUCAAUAUCCUCCUGCACAGGCGCCCAGGCCCUCCCAUGGCCAGACCAGCCUGUCCCCAGCUUCAGAAGCCUACACAGCACCCUGCCCCCAAUAGUCAUCUUGUCCAAAGCGGCCUACCGCCUCCUGGGUGCCCAGCGAGGAGGCAAGCUGCCAGCCUCCUCAGCCCUGCUGCCCCAUGCCGACGUGGCCUGGAUCAGCUCCCUGCGGCCCUUCUUGCACAAGGAUAUGACCAGCAGAGAGCAGUCUCUGUACUACCGCCAGUGGACCUCAGCUCGGCAGCACCAUGCCGACUAUGGCAAUCAGCCCGACCCAGCCUCUGGUGCCCAGACCUGCCACCCCCGGAGACUGCUGCUGACAGGGCCCCCCCAGGUGGGAAAGACUGGCUCCUAUUUACAGUUCCUUAGGAUCCUCUUCCGCAUGCUCAUCCGGCUCCUGGAGGUAGAUGUGUAUGAUGAAGCAGAAAUCAAUGCAGAUCACAGUGAAAGCAGCGAAGUGAACCAAUCAGAGGGAGAGCCCUGGCCAGACAUCGAGAGCUUCAGUAAAAUGCCCUUUGACGUCAGCGUGCAUGACUCCAAGUACAGUUCAAUGAGUCUGGUAUAUACUGAGAAGCUGGCAGGGGUCAAAGCAGAAGCAGUAAAGGAAUCCAAAGUCGAGGAGCCCAGGAAAAGAGAAACUGUGUCCAUGAUGCUGACCACGUAUGCAGCCUACAACACCUUCCACCACUGUGAGCAGUGCCACCAAUACAUGGACUUCACCUCAGCCUCCCAGAUGUCUGAUUCUACCCUUCACGCAUUCACAUUCUCCUCCUCUAUGCUGGGGGAAGAAGUGCAGCUCUAUUUCAUCAUUCCCAAGUCCAAAGAGAGUCACUUUGUCUUCAGCAAGCAGGGGAGACACCUGGAGAGCAUGCGGCUGCCACUGGUUUCCGACAAGCAGAAUUUGAAUGCAGUCAAGAGUCCUAUUUUCACUCCUUCCAGUGGUCGCCAUGAGCACGGACUCCUGAACCUUUUCCAUGCUAUGGAGGGCAUCAGCCACCUUCACCUCUUGGUGGUCAAAGAAUAUGAGAUGCCACUGUAUCGCAAGUACUGGCCCAACCACAUCAUGCUGGUGCUUCCUGGCAUGUUCAAUAACGCAGGCGUGGCCUCUCUUCAUCUUGCAAAAAAACUGAAACAAUUACUGCUAAGGAUAAAUGGCCCACUCACUAUUUCCCCCUAUCUGCCAAACACCAUUCUGUAUUCUGUGUCUGAAAUUGACUGCUUUAGCCUCUCAUGGGCUGCCAGAUUUCUCAUUAAGGAGCUAUCAUAUCACAACCUUGAAUUGGAGAGAAACCGCCUCGAAGAGAUGGGUAUUAAACGUCAGUGCGUCUGGCCUUUCAUCGUUGUGAUGGAUGAUUCAUGUGUCUUGUGGAACAUUCACAGUCUCCAGGAACAGACCAGCCAGUCCGUGGAAGCAGGAGUUUCCAGCAAGAAUGUCUCCUUGAAGAGUGUCUUGCAGCAUAUUGAAGCAACACCAAAAAUCAUUCACUAUGCAAUCCUGGGCAUACAGAAAUGGAGCAGCAAGCUGACUUCUCAGAGUCUAAAGGUCCCUUUCUCUAGGUGCCACGUGCAUGAUUUCAUUCUUCUCAACAUAGACUUGACUCAGAAUGUGCAGUACGAUUUUAACAGGUAUUUCUGUGAAGAUGUUGACUUUAACCUGAGAACAAACAGUAGUGGUCUGCUCAUUUGCCGCUUUAAUAACUUCAGCCUCAUGAAGAAACAUAUUCAGGUUGGAGGGCAAAGGGACUUUAUCAUUAAACCAAAGAUAAUGGUAUCAGAUAUUUUAGCACCUAUCUUGCCCCUUCAUUAUGUCUGCGCUCCGGACAGUGAACACACCCUGCUUGCAGCGCCUGCACAGUUUCUUCUAGAGAAGUUCCUUCAACAUGCCUCAUACAAACUGUUCCCCAAAGCCAUCAACAACUUUAAGAGUCCUGUGCUGGCCAUUGACUGCUACCUUAACAUUGGACCAGAGGUGGCUAUAUGCUGUGUCAGCUCCAGGCCCCACUCCAGCAAUGCCAACUGUGAAGGGGUGUUUUUCAGUGGACUCCUCUUGUACCUCUGUGACUCUUUUGUAGGUGCAGAUCUUCUUAAGAAAUUUAAGUUUCUUAAAGGUGCUACCCUCUGUGUCAUUUGCCAAGAUAGAAGCUCCUUACGUCAAACAAUUGUUCGCUUAGAGCUAGAAGAUGAGUGGCAGUUUCGCCUCCGGGAUGAAUUUCAAACUGCGAACAGCAGUGAUGACAAACCCCUCUACUUUCUCACAGGACGUCAUGUCUGAGCUUUUGAAGAGACAAAAAGUAGUAAUGGGAUGCUUAGACGCAGUGGGGUGGAAACAAUUAUUUUAUUUUAUUAUUUUUUUUCCUUUUAAGUACAAUCACUGUGGAACAAAGUGCAACAUAUUCGUCUAUUCUCCAAAGAACCCUUCUUCCCUAAUUUGCCCAAGGUCUUUGGGGACAUCAUUCUUCAGUUCCGAUUUUAGAACCUCCCUUAAAUCCAGGUUAAGUCCACCAUUCCGGCAGUUAUGCAAGUACUUAAGGCACAGUGAGCUCACGGAAGCCUGAGGAGGAUAUACUUUGGAGAACUAACACAGAGUUUGCAUUGUUUUUUCUACUACAAUAUGUUAGGAGGAAAACUGACUCUCAGAAUUAGCUAGCCUGAAUGUGUUACAUGAGACUCACAUCAUUGGUGUGAAAUUAAUUGAAGAUUAACAAUUGAGGCCUCAACCCUCAGUUUCUCUUCAGAUCUGUACUUUGGUACAGUGUUUCUCAGGGGUCUGAAAUGAUAGAAUGUAGAAGAUAUUUGUAUUUAAAAAGAAGUAGCUUUGUCUUUCUCUGUGCAGUGUUAGUUUAAGAUUUAUAAUCUUAUAUGUAUUGAAACUUUUGGCAAAAUUUCCACAGGAGUUAAAAGUUUACUAUUUAAACUGAACAAAACAAAAACUUUUCUUGUUCUUUAAAAAUGUAUUACGUCUCUUAAGUACACCAUAUUUAUGAGAAUAUGAAACAGUGCACAAACUUGCUAAAGAAACUGAUUCAGUAACUGAUCCAAUGAAGAACCUUGUAGCAGUCAUCCUGUAGCCACUGUUUGGUUAGAAUGAAGCAGUUAGGGGGGUUAGGCGGUAGCGCAGUGGGUUAAGUGCACAUGGCGCAAGGACGGGGUAAGGAUCCGGUUCGAGCCCCCGGCUCCCCACCUGCAGGGGAGUUGCUUCACAGGUGGUGAAGCAGGUCUGCAGGUGUCUAUCUUUCUCUCCCCCUCUCUGUCUCCCCUCCUGUCUCCAUUUCUCUCUGUCCUAUCCAACAACAAUAACAGCAACAAUAAUAACCACAACAAGGAUAAAACAAGGACAACAAAAGGAAAAAAAAAAAAAAACCUCCAGGAGCAGUGGAUUUGUGCUGCAGGCACAGAGCCCCAGCAAUAACCCUGGAGCCAGCAAAAAAAAAAGAAAGAAAGAAAGAAAGAAAGAAAGAAAAGAAAAGAAAAAGAAUGAAGCAGUGCCAGUCCAGUUUAAAUGCCAGGCUGAGGUACUGUGUAUAUUGGAGCUAGCUUGUUGCCUUCCAGAAGUCCAAUCAAAGCUUCCUUUAGAAGAUACACUCAAUAUUAGCUGCAUGAUAUUGACCACACAUAGAUUGCUGAAGUCUCUGUGACUUUUGUCAUAAAAAGAGAACUGAGCUUCACUUUUUACCAGUGAUAUUUUCACAAGGAGUAAAAGAGUCCAUUAAAUCUUUCUGACUUGUGAAAAUAAGCAAGGGAUGUUUCUUAAGAUGAGACGUAAGUCCAUCGAGAUUUCUAUAAAAUGUUCUAGAACUAGUACCUAUUGGAUGUUCACUUUUAAAUCAUUCCAUUUCUCAGGAUCAAAUAAUCUCAGCGUUUGCUGCAUCAGCUCAUGUGUAUCGCAUCUCAUUCCCACUUGAGAAUGGUCAUCUCUACUUGAAUGCACUGCUUGUGGACUCAGACUACUGAAAGAGGUCUGCAAGUACACAUUUACUGCAGAAUAGUGUUAGCUGACCAGCUUUAUUAGCUUGUGACAACAUGAAGUUCACAGCUAGUGAAAAGAUCGAAUGUACUAAUCUGAAAAUGGCUUUUAGCUCUCUUGGUUUUAAUAUAACUACUAAUGAGCUUUAAAUGUAUUUUGAAAUAACCCCUCUAAAGCCCAUUUUGUUUGUUUUGCAAAGAGAAUCUGCCUUAUAAAUACUUUUUAAAUAUUCUUAUACUAAGUACAGAAUUUUUAGCCAAGAGGUACAUGGUGACACAAUUUAAUUUAGGUACGAAUGUGUAUCAGUUACUCCUGUUUUGUUAAAAGGGCCUAACACAGAUGCUACCAAGAAACACAGUUUGUGCAAUAUUCCAAUAAUAGUGACCACACAGAACAAAUAAAAUACUUGAAAUAAUUCUAAAACAGGUUUAUCUUUGCGGAUGGCUUCUCAGGGUUUCUUCUGGCUUUAUGGCUUCAGACAGUUUUUUCACAUAAGUUACUUUAGGUGUAGUUAUUCCAUAUUAGCAAGGGUUAUAAGAUGAAAAAACACACAACACUGACUCUAUGAAAGAGAAUCACCAGAAUAAAGCCAAAAGACCAUCACCAGAGUGAAUGGAGCAUCCAAAUCGACAACCCCUCCCUCCACACUCUUUACAACGCCUCUCUUAACAAGGUUUUGAUCUUUUUAAAAACAUCACCCUAUCAGUAUAAAUCUUUAAGAGAAUGUUAGGUCCUACUCCUCUAAGGUGAAAUUGCACAAGCACAGUACACCAUGACUUGUUAAUACAUACUUUGGUGUGUUUAGCUUUGAGCCUUGCCAUCCCUUAGAAUAUUGUGGUAUGAAUGUGUUCCCUAGGCCUACAUAACAAUUGAUCUAUAAAACUAUUGAUCUUUGCCAUGUAUGACAGUUCAUACAGAUUAAUAUGAAUGUAAACUAAAAUUAGAAUGAGAAUUGUUAGCUUUUUUUUUUUUGCUGUAAUUUAUAGAAUUGCUUUUUGUGAUUUUUAGAAAAUUUUCUUAACAAAAAUUUGGUGAAUUUCACUAGUCAGUCUACCUCACAUUUUGUUUAUGAUUCUAAAUUGUGUUUAUAGUAUUUUCCUGUCCUUUAAUUUGAUGAAUGUAUUAAAACGAUCUCCUACCCUAAGAAAAGGGUUUUUUAAGCUAA